GAAUCGACACUCUUCUUUAAUUAUUCUAAUAUCAUUUACCAUUAUAUAAUUCAGAACCUAGUUUUAUAAUCCUCCAAUCAAUCAAGUUCAACUCUCACCCAAACAAACAGAAAACAUUCUUCUAUUAUUCUCUUUUUUUCCUCUUCCUUUAUUAGUAAGAAUUCCAAUAUCCCAAAAACCCUGUCCUGUUCCUCUUGAAGUAAUCUAAAUUUUCAGCAUUUAUACCAAAUCUUUGCCACUUUAUGCCAAACCAACCUGAUCUCCUCUUCAAAUCAAUCAUUACUCCUUUCUCUGAGAAAAAAACUAUUUAUAUAUCCCAAAAAUCUUCAGUUUUUACUUUUUAGCCUUAGUUUCCUCUUUGGUUCUGACCCUCUAUGCUUUACUUUCUUCUUCUUGUAUUCUUAUAGUUGCCACACUUCAAUUUUGGUUCACGAUUAGAAAGUUUGUCUUUUUACUUCAAUUAAUAUUUUCCAUGUUUUGAAAUUUCCUUGGGCUAGUAGGAGCAGUAUUUGCUUUCAAAUUUAGAACUGGGUUUUUCAAAAUUUUGAAGCUUCAGCAGCUGAAAGUUGCAAACUUUAGCACUAGAGAUUCAAACCCUUGUCUUAUAUUCACUCACUUUACUUCCAAAACCAGUUUUCAACUCAAAUUCCCAGUUUUUGGGUGAAGGAUUUUGAUGGGGUUGCUGAAAGGUGUGGGAUUUAGAGGCCUAAGUAUUGCCUUCUUGUUCUUAAAUCUUGGGGUGGGAUUAGUGGUUGGGAUUGGAGUGAACUGGGGGACACAGUUAACGCACCCUCUCCCACCAGCAACAAUUGUGAAGAUGUUGAAGGACAACGGGAUCCAAAAGGUCAAGCUUUUCGAUGCCGAUUGGGAUAUUCUGAAUGCUUUGAGCAAGUCUGGGAUUCAGGUGAUGGUUGGGAUUCCAAAUGAGAUGCUAUAUUCUUUGGCUAACAGUAAGCAGGCAGCUGAGAAAUGGGUUUCCAAGAAUGUCUCCUCACAUGUCUCCAAUGGUGUGGAUAUUAGGUAUGCGGCGGUGGGGAAUGAACCGUUGUUGUCAACAUACAAUGGAACCUAUAUUCCAACAAUAUUUCCUGCCCUUCAGAAUAUUCAGUCAGCUCUCAUAAAAGCCGGUGUGAGCAAUCAGGUUAAGGUCACGAUUCCCCUCAACGCUGACGUCUAUGACAGCAGUGGCUCAGACCUACCUUCUAAUGGAGACUUCCGAUCAGACACCAAGGAUCUUGUGGUGGAAAUUGUCAAGUUCUUGAGCGACAACGGUGCUGCAUUCACCGUCAAUAUCUAUCCCUUCAUAAGCCUCUACAAUGAUCCCAGUUUCCCUGCUGAUUACGCCUUCUUCAAUGGAUACUCAAGUCCCAUUAACGACAAUGGAAGAAUCUACAACAAUGUAUUUGAUGCAAACCACGACACUCUUGUAUGGGCGUUGCAGAAGAACGGAUUUGGAAACUUGUCCAUAAUUGUUGGAGAGAUCGGUUGGCCUACAGAUGGGGACCGUAAUGCAAAUUUACUGUAUGCCCAGCGGUUCAACCAAGGGUUUAUGUCCCAUAUCAAGGACAACGCAGGGACUCCAAUGAGAAGCGGCCCUGUGGACGCCUACUUAUUUAGCCUCAUCGAUGAAGAUGCCAAGAGCAUUCAGCCAGGUAACUUUGAACGCCAUUGGGGGCUGUUUUACUAUGACGGAACCCCCAAGUAUCAGCUCAGUCUAGGAACUACAAGCUCGAAUGGAUUAAUAGCAGCAAGCGGCGUACAAUAUCUGGAAAAGAAAUGGUGUGUCAUGUCACCCUCGGCAAGUCUUGAUGAUCCAGAAGUGGCGCUAAGCGUGAGCUACGCUUGUUCAAAUGCUGAUUGCACCAGUCUUGGAUAUGGAACUUCAUGUGGAGAUUUGGAUGCUCGCGGUAACAUUUCAUACGCAUUUAACAGUUACUAUCAAAUAAAUGAUCAGCUGGGUACUGCCUGUAAGUUUCCAAACCUUUCAACAACCACCACGAGUGAUCCAUCUACUGGAAACUGCAAAUUUAGGAUCAUGAUCCAGUCAUCUUAUUCGUCUAGUGCGAACAGCAGAGCCGGCUCCCUUGAAAAGCCUAAUUAUUUAGGAUUAGUGGUGUUUGUGUUUAUGUUCCUGUAUUCAGUUCUGUGAUUUGUUUUUUGGGAGGGAUUUUUGUAUAUUAUUGGUGUAAAAUAAUAUAUACAAUAGUCAGGAUUGUCAAGCACAUUUGGGGCUGAAUGAACUCAUAUUUGUGUAGCAUUAAUCAGUCAACAUACACGACAAAUUGAAGUCUC